GCCGGGGAUAAGGGGGCGCUGCGCGGGAAGCGGGCGGACCUGCGGGGCUGUUGAGGCGGCGGGUCUCCGGUUCGCGAUCUCUCUGAGGGUGCCAUGAGUUGCAUCAAUUUGCCCACCGUACUGCCCGGCUCCCCCAGCAAGACCCGGGGGCAGAUCCAGGUGAUUCUCGGACCCAUGUUCUCGGGAAAAAGUACGGAGCUGAUGAGACGGGUCCGCCGCUUCCAGAUUGCCCAGUACAAGUGCCUGGUGAUCAAAUACGCCAAAGACACGCGCUACAGCAGCAACUUCUCCACGCAUGACCGGAACACCAUGGAGGCCCUGCCAGCCUGUGUGCUCCGGGACGUGGCCCAGGAGGCCCUGGGCGUGUCUGUCAUAGGCAUCGACGAAGGGCAGUUUUUCCCUGACAUCGUGGAGUUCAGCGAGACCAUGGCCAACGAAGGCAAGACCGUGAUUGUGGCCGCCUUGGACGGGACCUUCCAGAGGAAGGCUUUCGGGAGCAUCUUGAACCUGGUGCCCCUGGCCGAGAGCGUGGUGAAGCUGACGGCCGUGUGCAUGGAGUGCUUCCGGGAGGCCGCCUACACCAAGAGGCUGGGCGUGGAGAAAGAGGUCGAGGUGAUCGGAGGAGCGGACAAGUACCACUCCGUGUGCCGCCUCUGCUACUUCAAGAAGACAGGGCUGCCCAUCGGGCUGGACAGCAAGGAGAACAGAGAGAACGGCCUGGCGCUGGGCGUCAGGAGGCUGUUCGGCCCCCAUCAGCUCCUGCAGUGCAGCCAGGCCAACUGAGGCGCCGGCCCGCCGCUGAGCCCCGGAGGCCGCCUGCGCCCCAGGAGGAAGCGGGGGCGGUUGUCCAGCACCAGGAGCUGCCCGCCCUUCCGGCCGAGGCCGGCGGUCUGCUCGGCACACUUCCCUCCUGGGCCGCCCGCUGGCCUCUCUCAGUUCCCGUCCCCGCUGCUGGGCCGCUGCUCACAGGCCGCCCCAGGCCGGAGCUGGCAGCUCCGUGGCGAGGGGUCUGGCCCCGGCAGACGUCCCCUCCGCUCCCCCGGGGUGAGGCUGGAGCCACAGCCGCUGACAGGGGUGCUGCUGGCCUCUUCCCCCUUUGUGGCUUUGGCUGCCGAGUUUCUGUUCUUGCUGGGAAGCCCGAGCCCCCACCUCUGGCUGGCACCGAGCCUCUCGCGCACACAGACUGAGCCCCUCUGAGGACAGCCAGACUGGGGCACUCUCACUUCCCUGUGGCCUGCAAGCCCUUCCGGGGCUCAGCUCCCAGGGCUCCUCUUUUAGGGAAGGGCUGUGGCCUUCUGUCAAGUUCUCUGCCAUGAAUAACCACCUGGAAAAGUUA